GCGGUAUAUAAUGCAGAGCAUCUCCAAAGCGCUUCUAUCCCGAAUUACUAAAAAGCACCAACGAGUGACUGGUUCGAGCGUGCUAAAGCUGCCAACCCUCCCGGCGAGAUAACGGCACAAGAUGGCCAUCCAAUUCCUGAAGCGGACUCGCACACGUCCUGUCCUCCCUUACGACCUCCUCCACAUCAUCCUCACCGAGCUCAAGCGCACCGACUCGCUCGGCUCUCUGGCCCUGUUGCAGCGUUGCAACUCGGACUACUACGACAUUGUCACUCCCAUCCUUUACACCCACGUCAGGAUUCGCACCGAUGACCAGCUCCAGCGCUUCCUCACUCUUCCUAUUGAACCCAGAGUUCGCAAGAGGAGCAGGCGUCUCAGCUUGCUGAGCUCCAAGGGAUCAAAGUCUCCCAAAUCCGGCUUGCGCUCCAGGUCGGGCAGCCUUAUCGCAUAUGAGAAGAAGCUCCAUGCUUUCCAAAAAGUCAAGACAAUCACCCUCGAUAUCUAUCCCUCUAGAAGGAGCAUGAAGAUCGCCGGCAAAUUGCCCUUCCCCCUCUUUGCCGAGACGCUCACGUUCACUCCCUCGGCCAUCCUUUCGCUGCACAGCAAGCUUCUGCGUUCGGGGGCUCCCCGUAUCCUGGCCACCUUUUGGGCGGGGCAUCUCCCUUCCAUUGUUCAGCCCCAGAGGGUGGUAGUCGACUACUCCACUAUCGAUAUCCGUUCACACCUGGCAGGCGAGAAGAAGGCGAGCUGGUGGGACACCAUCGCCGGCCUGAGCUCUGCUUUGCAGCAGUGGGAAAGGCUGGACCAGGUCACUCUCGUAGGCGAGUACUGGGCUCUUCUUGUACCCAGCCCUGGGGUGGAGAUGAAGGUGAUUCACACCGUCUUUGAGCCGAAAGAAGACGCCGAGGAGGAUGAAGGCGCUUUGACUGAAGGCGAGGAUAGCGAUGGCAACCCCGAAGUGCCCCUUCAGCAGACAAUCCCCGGCGGCCCUGCGCCUCCUCCCCACAUGGUCAACCUCCCUCCCAAUGCCAUGCCUGUCCCUAUCCCUGCUCCGGCUGCCAACGCUGAAGAGGACGGCCAGCCCCCGCUUUCCUUCCGUGCCAAGCUCCUCAUGGAUAGACGAGAUGCGCUCUUGCUCGGUUUGCGUACCAGCUACCAGAUCGUACAGCACGCACAGUACCAAGCCCAUACACAACCUCAUCACCUCACGUCCUAUGUUCCCGAGCACUUUAUCCACAAAGGCUCGAGGAAUGUCCGGGAGGUGCGAUGGGUGGUGGAAGGCUUCUUCCCACCUGUAGGCGAGGGCGACGAGGAGGACGAAAAUGACGCGGGGGACGAAGAGACCGAGGUCGUAGAGAAGAGCGAGAAAGAGAGACGGGAGGUGGUCAAGUGGCUGGUGACUGAGCUCGACCAACAGUGUCCCCAAUUGGUCCACGAGUGUGGCAGGAUGGUCGAUGAGAGAGUAGAGCUGUCGUGUAUCAGCUGGGCUUGAAAUCUGACUCACGUGGAGUUCCUCUAUACUCGUCUCAGGGUAUGCUGACACGAGGCAUGACAGAGUCCGACUUUGUAUGCUGUUGCUUGUGAAUGAGAUAUAAGGAAAUGAUUUGAAAAGAAGAAACGAUACGGGUUGUAUAGACGCGAAUAGAACAGGAUAAACGUACUCAGCCGUGCUGUAGAAUAGAUCGUUGUAGAGUGCCUGCCAAUGUAGAUUUUACUUUGACCAUCGGACC